UAACCCUCACGUGACUUAAUGGCGGAUGACAGUAACUACAGCAGAUAUUCUGCACCAAGUAUCUCCGAUAUUCAUUACAGACCGUUUGUUGGGACAGAGUAUAAAAUCUACAAAAGAAGAUGGUUUAUUGUGUUUGUUGUCUGUAUUGUCAAUAUGGCAAAUGCGUUGAUAUGGAUUUGCUUUUCACCUAUUACAAACAUCACUACAGCCUACUUCAAUAUCAGUGGAAUGCAAGUUAAUUGGUUAUCAUUAGUUUACCUAAUAGCUUCUAUACCAUGUGGUUUUACAGCUUCCUGGCUUUUAGAUACUUUAGGUUUAAGAAUAAGUAUAAUUUUGGCGGCAUGGUUGAAUGUUACAGGGGCUUUAUUACGAUCUCUCACCACAUAUACAUUUAUUCCGUCAGAUAUGAAAUAUCCUGUUUUAUUAACUGGUCAACUUAUAGCUGCUUGUGCUCAACCAUUUAUUAUGUUCUGUCCUACAAAGCUUGCAGCAGUAUGGUUCCCAGGAUCACAGAGAGCCACAGCUAACACUAUAGCCUCAAUGGCCAAUCCCCUAGGAAUAUUAUUAGCCAAUAUAAUGUCACCAAAAAUUGUUCAAACUAAAGCAGAUAUGCCAUUAAUGCUAUGGGUCUGUACAGGUAUAAGUGGUCUAGGUGCCAUCAUUGCUACAUUUGGUGUGUGUAGUUCAGGACCACCUACUCCACCCAGUGCUAGUGCAGCAGAAGUAUCAGAGCCUUUCUUCUCAGGGCUCAAAAAGCUUUUAAAGGUAAAAUCUUAUUGGUUACUUUGGACAGUCUUUGGUGCAGGAUUAGCAAUAUUUUCUGCCAAUACAACUUUCAUAGAACAGAUUUUGUGCCCAAGAGAUUACAAAAAUUCUUUUUCAGGUCUUUGUGGAGCACUAAUGAUUGCUGUCGGGGCUGUUGGAGGAGCUGUAGCUGGACUGUUUGUUGAUAAAACAAAGCUAUUUGAAGAAGUUAUUAAAAUGAGCCUUGGCUUAGCUACAUUAUUUGGAAUAUUCUUUACAUUGAUCAGUAGAAUACGAGGUCAUCCAAUUUUAACAGCUAUAUCAAUAUCUGGAUUUGGAUUUUUUGGUUUUGCUUUAUAUCCUAUAUCAAUGGAAUUAGCUGUUGAAAUAACAUAUCCAGUAGCAGAAGCAACAAGUUCUGGUUUUCUCUUUAUUUCAGGGCAAAUACAAGGUGUUAUUUACAUGUUAGUGGCACAGUAUUUAGCUCAACCAUUACCAGCAAAUGAGGUUAUAUUACCAAAUGCAUGUAGAACCAAUGGUACUAGUGGCAGUGAUAUCAGUCAAGAUUGGACAGUGCCAAAUUUAUUUUUUAAUGCCUUAGCAGCGUUAGGUACAGUUAUACUUAUUGUCUUCUUCCAUCCCCAUUAUCGAAGAAUGAGAGCCGAAGAUGUAGCCAAGGCAGAGUCCAUUUUAAAUUAUGAUUCCACAGAUUCAUCACAUUCAGGAGCAUCCAACAGAACACCCCCAAUGUCAUAGCAUAUGGAGUAUUAUUUUUCUAUAAUACUCUUGUACCAACUGUCUUUCAUUUUAUUAAAUUUUGAUGAUAAUUUCUAUUUUGUCUAAACACAAAUUUUAUAAUUAGUUCAAUCCUUUUGAGGCUGGUUGAAAAAGAAUGGUGCUGCUUAAGAUUUGUAAGUUCACUUACAAACUGGAUUGGGGAUCAGUCUGCAUGCUGAUGCUAGCUUUAAAGAAACUUAAAUGACUUAUUGCCAACUGAUAGUCCCAUGCUUGUUUCUUACGAUUCUGUAUCCCCUAUGUCUGUAUCUAAAUACAGAUGCUUAAAUUUGUGAGCACUGUUACUCUUCUGUAGCAAAAAGGUGGGUGGGGGGGGGGGUUGUAUGUGCCAUUAGGGACCUAAAUUGAAUCACCAUACCGAUCAUCAGUUUUUUAAGACUAUCUACCAAUCAAAGGCGGUAGGACAUUGCAUGAACAAAUGUGCUGCAUGCCAUAUAGCUUACAUGAAAAGAUUGCAUUUAUUGCCCAUUAUUGGUACACAAUAUGACAAAGGUCUGUGUACGGUCUCAGGUAUAUACUCAUUAGUUUGUUU